GCCACACACAUUAUGGACGUUGUUGAAGUGUAGAACGAAAGCACAGUCCGACUAUUAGCCUACAUUGACAGACGUGAAGGUCUUUUGUCAUGAUGGCCACAGAGUCUAGUUGUGGGUCUAGAGGCAUUAUGACCUUCUAUCCUAGCAAAGAAGAAUUUGGAAACUUCAGUCAGUACAUCGCCUACAUGGAGUCACAAGGAGCACACAGAGCUGGGUUGGCCAAAGUAAUCCCCCCUAAAGAGUGGAAACCCCGACAGUCUUAUGAUGAUAUUGAUGAUCUGUUAAUCCCAGCACCAAUUCAGCAGGUGGUCACAGGCCAGUCAGGUCUGUUUACCCAAUACAACAUCCAGAAAAAGGCCAUGACAGUCAGAGAGUUUCGCAAGACUGCCAAUAGUGAUCGGUUCUGCAGCCCACACUAUGACAAUUUUAAAGAGCUGGAAAGAAAAUACUGGACAAAUGUGACCUUCAAUCCUCCUAUUUAUGGUGCAGAUGUAAAUGGAACAUUGUAUGACCCAGUUGUCAAGGAGUGGAACGUGGGUUGCCUUCAAACAAUCUUAGAUACAGUGGAGAGGGAGAGUGGAAUCACGAUUGAGGGGGUGAACACGCCUUACUUGUACUUUGGCAUGUGGAAAACAACAUUUGCUUGGCAUACUGAAGACAUGGACCUGUACAGCAUCAACUAUCUACAUUUUGGAGAACCUAAAUCCUGGUACUGUGUUCCCCCUGAGCACGGCAAACGAUUGGAGCGUCUAGCCAAAGGUUUUUUUCCUGGAAGCUCACAGAACUGUGAAGCUUUUUUGAGACACAAGAUGACUCUUAUAUCUCCCUCAAUUCUACGGAAAUACGGCAUUCCAUUUGAAAAAAUUACUCAGGAAGCAGGAGAAUUUAUGGUCACAUUUCCAUACAGUUACCAUGCUGGUUUCAACCAUGGAUUCAACUGUGCUGAAUCAACAAAUUUUGCAAUGCAGAGAUGGAUUGAUUAUGGAAAACAUGCUGUUCUGUGCUCAUGUAGGAAAGACAUGGUGAAGAUCUCCAUGGAUGUCUUUGUUCAGAAGUUUCAGCCAGAACGCUAUGCUUUGUGGCUAGCAGGGAAAGACACUGGUCUUGUUGACCACUCCAAACCCACACCAGAGGCAGCUGAGUUUUUAGGCAGUGAUUAUGCUCAGAAUUUACAACACAACACAGACGACCACACAGCAGGAGAACCGACAAAGAGCCCGACCAAACAUAGGAUUGGACUGAAGAGACACCAAAUAGCUUUAGAGGUUCCGGAGAACAUGCUCCUCAAAGGCACAUUUGAGGAGGAGGAAGAAGAAUCUGAAGAGGAUGAUGAAAAGGAGUAUGGAAAGAAGGCCUAUCUACAUUGGCCAACUUUGUCAGCAUCUUGUGGAAUCAGAGGUGUACCUGACUACACAUGCCUCACCAGUCAGCACAAAUUGGAUGAGCAACAUGGAAUAGCUGAGCAUUUACCUCAAGAUACUACACUGAAUAAAAUGGAAAAGAGACAAUUACCUGUGUGUGCUAUGAAGACAAGUUUAAAUAUCCCCUUGGUUAGAACCAGUGCUGGAAACCAAGAAACGGAUAGUGUGCUGCAUUCCCUCUCAGCCCUACCCAGAUCUGUUUCAAAACCAGGAGUGGCAAGUCUUCUCUUUCACAGAACUCUGAGUUCCAGUGAAGCCCUACAGGUGCACAACUAUUCUAUACAGACAGCCACAUGUUAUCAGCACAACUCAGAGAAGACUCCAUUAUCUGACUUACCAGCCAGUGUAAAGACUGACAUCAACUUGGAGGAAAAGCCCAACAAAGGACCAGAGCAGUCUAGUACACACACAGUAAUAAAAACAAGCCCAGUCAAGUUGCAGUUGAAAGGCAUUGAGGAAAAGAAACCAAUGAAGAGCCAGCGCCAUCAACUCAGCAAGCUUCCUCAUCAGCAUCCUCUGAUGCUAGAAAACACCAAUGAUCAUGAUGAGAGAACACUACUUGCACCAUCAGAUGAGACAUCCAAUCAGGACAAUGAGAAAAGCAAUGCAGAAAAGGGUGAGGUUUGGACUCGUCUCCUCACCAAUCUGUGGCAGCACCAGCCCCACAACAUAAAGGCAGAACAAUCAUACAAUCAACGCAUGGGCCAGCAACCCCCAUAUUGUGCAAUCUGCACGCUCUUCUAUACAUACAACCAGAGUGAUUUUACCAGCAGUGGCAUCAACAGAAAUUGUAACAGUAAGGGCCCAGGAGAGUGGAGGCAAAGCAGUUUGCCCUUAAUCCCUGAAAUGUGCUUUAACUCCAGUGGUAGCACAGAAGGUCACCUCUCCACCCCAUACCUACAGGAGGAUGGAAGCAGCCACCUGGUCAGCUGUGUGCAGUGUUGCGUUCGAGUCCACGCUAGUUGCUAUGGCAUUUCCAAUGACACAUCUUUGGAUGGUUGGAGGUGCACACGUUGUGAAGCCAGUGCAAUUACUCAGGAUUGUUGUUUAUGUUCUUUACGAGGAGGAGCCCUGAAAAGAGCCAAUAACAACAAGUGGGUGCAUGUAUUAUGUGCUGUGGCAGUUUUGGAAGCCCGCUUUGUAAGCGUGGUAGACCGUGGUCCUGUUGACCUCAGCAAGAUCCCUUUGCAGAGGUUUAAACUUAAAUGUUACUAUUGUAGAAAGUUCACCAAGAAGACAAUGGGUUGCUGUGUACAGUGCUCACAUGGUCGUUGUCCAACUGCCUUCCACCCAACCUGUGCCCAAGCCGCAGGUGUCCUCAUGUAUCCUGAUGACUGGCCCUUUGUAGUAUAUAUCACCUGCCAUCGUCAUAAGGGUAUUUCACACCCAGAGCGGAACAAGGUAUCCCUCCAAGAUUUGGUGGAGGGCCAGCAAGUAAUCUGCAAACACAAGAAUGGACGCUAUUACCAAGCUGAAGUAGUGGAGCUGACAAAGGCAACCUUCUAUGAGGUGAUCUUUGAUGAUGGCUCCUUUAGUGAUAACCUCUUCCCUGAAGACAUCACGAACAGGGAUUGUGUAGAGCUCGGCCCACCACCAGAGGGCACUGUGGUUCAGGUGCGGUGGACAGACGGACUGGUAUAUGGAGCCAAAUUUGUAGCAGAACAUGUGAUUCCAAUGUAUAUGGUGGACUUUGAAGAUGGCUCACAACUCAGUGUGAAGAGAGAUGAUGUCUAUAGCCUGAAUGAAGAUCUACCAAAGCGUGUGAAGACACGACUGUCCGUUGCUUCAGACAUGCGCUUCAAAGGUGUUUUUGUGGAGAAGGAGGUCAACCAGGAUUCCAAGAGACAGCGAGUCAUCAAUUCACGCUAUAGAGAAGACUACAUUGAGCCUGUCAUUUUUUGAGCCAUCAUGGAGUAGACUGCAUUAUCAUGUCACAAAACCCUGAAUUUCUAAACACCAAUAAUUAUUUGUAGGGUUGAGUGGACAAUGAGAAGUAUGUGGUAUCUCAAUAUCUCAACCCAAGGAUGCACAAAUACUGUCUAUAUAUUUAUUUGAAAAUCCUUUUCUUUAUUUCUUAACAAUAUUUUUUUGUGUUGGAUGGUGUUGCAUUAAACUAUUUUGGGGAAA